AAUUUCGGAAUGAUCGGGCUGACUAGAUUCCACCCCAACUGCUCCACAGACAUGUACUAUUGCGAUUCUGAAUACCUCUCACCACAUCAAUUCGUGCCUGGUCAGAGGAGUAUCCUCCAAUACGUGACCUAAUGGCGUCGCAGGAACAUCCCUCAUCUAGUCCUGCGGCCAUGUCCCUGUUGCCGUUGCCGCCUGCUCAGGUAGCGUCGCCGCUUCCGCCGCCGCUCUUCAACGAGCCCUUCACCGUGCCAGCAGCGCGCACCUCCCGCUUCGCGGCGCCCGUGGACCGCGUGGUGGGCGAGGCGGAGCUGCUCCGCCAAAUGCGCUCCUUGCUCGGCCCCUUCGCGUCCACGUCGCGUCUCUUGAACCACCUGCGUGCCGUGCGCGGUAAGGUCCACUGGGCCGUCAACCGCUACCUGCGCGAAGAGCUCAUGUCCGGCUCCGCCUGCCCGGAUUUCUCUCCGCGGCCCUUACCGCGAGAUCCAUACCAGGCGGCUUCUUCGCCGGGGAUCUCCGCACGCGCAGGUGGAGCGGGUGCAGGAGAUCCGCCAGGCGUAUCAGCAGAUGCGGAAUUCGCGGCAGGGGAAAGGGUAGAAGGUUCUUCUACUGCAGCCGUAGUGGGUGGGUUUGGCGGUGGGACACCGUUAGCGGGCUCACCGUGCGCGGACCGGUCAACCUGGGCAACCUUAGACGCGCCAACUAGGGUUCGGGCCGUGCUGCCGGUUACCGCCGCGCAUGACGCCGCAUCUCCCGGCGACGCAGAGUCUGCGAGGCAAGGAACCGUAGCAGCAGCAGCAGCCGUGACAGCGCGUGAAGCGGUGUCUCUGGGAGCGGACAGUAGAGACCUGUCAUGUUCCGCCGCCUCUCCUCCCUCGUCCGCUGGCGCGAGUAGCCUUGCGCGGCCGUGCGCAUGCAUUCUGUCGUCGCUUUCCGCCUAUGGUACCACCGUCGUCGCUGGCGUUUCCGAUCCCGGAAUGACGGGCUGCGGGGAGGAGUCAGCCGCAGGGCGGAAAAUAGCCGCAGAGGAGGGAGAGGAGGCGCGGGGAAGUGGGCUGGGUGCAGGUUCUACUGCUUUGAUCGUCAAGUCUGUGUCGCAGGUGUCGCCUGGUAUUUUAUCGCCAGUGUCGCCUGGUACGUUGGCGAAAGGAGGGGCGACGGUGCUAGAAAGUGCGGAUCGGCUGGGAGCCGUGGGCGGCAGGCAGCAGGCGCUAGCGCUGAUGCCGCAGCUACAGGAGCAGGCGGACGAAGGGGGUUCGGACGCGGGGGAGAAGGGCCGCCAGGGUGCAGCGGAGCGGGAUGGGGAAGGGCAUGCGGAAGGCAAGGCGUUGGGGCAGAGCGAGGGGGGCGGCAUGGGGGCGGUGGAGUGGGAGGCGAUGCCUGAGGGGAUUCUGGAGUCGGUGUUCGCACGCCUGGCGUUUGAAGAUCUGGCCGCCGUACUGCUGACGUGCUCCGCGUGGCAGGCAGUGGCGCGCAAUGACUGCCUGUGGAAACAGCUGUUCCUGCUGCGAUGGGGACACUCCGCCACUCAAGCUGUUGUCCAGCAGCGGCAGCAGCAACAGCAACAGGAGCAGGAGCAGGAGCAGGGGCAGGAGCAGCAGGAGCAGGAGCAGGGGCAGGAGCAGCAGGAGCAAGCGCAGGAUCAAGAGCAGGAGCAGGAGCUGGAGGAGCCGCAGCAGCAGGAAAUGCAGGAGGGGGAACAGAAAGAGUGCACGCGUGUUAGUGGAAGCGGAAGGGCGGUGGAACCGCAGAGGAGGGUUGAGGCGGUGCGUGAGGGAGAGGCAGAUCCAGCAAGUGGGGGUGGCAGCGGCGGUGGAGAGACCACAGCUCGUCCAUUGCAGGCAGACCAGCAGCAGCAGCAGCCAUCAGCGGCUGCAGCUCCACUUUCAUGGCAUGAGGCGUUUCGGCAGCGGCUGGAGAGUGAGCGGGCAGCGCAGUGCCCCCAGUGCCGGCGGUCACGCUUCGUCCCCAUCGUGUACGGCUUCCCAUCCGCUCCCCUGGUAGCCGGCAUGCGCAUGGCGCAGUGCGUGCUGGGAGGGGACCACCUGACAGACUACCCUGGGUACAACCCGCUGUGGGUGUGUGUGGGGUGCACGACGAGGUGGAGGAAGUACCCCUAUGCUGCUGACUCGGAAGGGCCCUACUUCCCACCAUCACUCUCGUCCUCAUCUGCCUCGUCCGCGGGCCAUGAGAUUGACGACUUCGAUGUCUGAUUUGGGACAUGGUCGAAGGUUGCGAGAGGGGGGAGGAGAUGGGGGGAUCGAGGGGAAAUGGAGGAUUGAGGGGACCUCCAUGGGAUGAUGGAGCAUGAAUGUGGCUUGAAUGUGGGGACGUGGGGGAAGGGGAUGAAUGAGUGAUUGGUGUGGAUUGUACGGGAAGGGUAUCUUAUGUGCUUGGUUUGCACUGAGCAUGCACGAGUCGGCCCUUGUUCCUUGUGCACUAGAAUGCACGAGCAUGGCAUGGAGACAAAUUUCAGAUUACACAGCAUGGAAUAGGCAUGCCUUCGAAGGAAAGCGACAAUCUUUCAAAACUUG